AUGCAUCCCGAUUAUGUGCUCGAGUCCCUCAUUGUCGGGGUUCAUGAGAAUCUCCACCUAAGUGCAGAUGAAGCUGAAAACAGAGAUCUACAGACAUCCAUUUCCCACCUGAAGGAAUUCAAUCAAGCGGAUGCGGGAGCUCCCGUUAUGUUGAGCGGUGAAGUGACCGGAUUGACGCAGGGUCAGCAUGGAUUUCACAUUCAUGAAUUCGUCGAUGCCACCAAUGGAUGCACAUCUGCUGGAGUGCACUACAAUACCCAUGGCAAAGAACACGGUGGACCAGAUAGUGCUGUGAGACAUGCUGGAGAUCUUGGCAAUAUUGAGAAAAUGACCUUGACUGGAUUUCCUGUGAGAUGCGGAACUGCAGACUUCAUCCUGCUGGAUUUUGACGUGAUAUACGAGCAGGAUGUGAACCUCUGAGGCUGAGAAAUACUGGUAAAUCCAUCCUGGAGAAACGCUGGGCUUCCGGGAACUUUCAAAAGUUCUGAUUUCAACCA